AUGAAUCAGCCGCGUCGCAAGUCGGCGUUCCGCAUCGAGCCGUUUCGGCACAAGGUGGAGAUGGACCCGCGAUACGCGGAGAAGACGUGGGGCAUUCUCGAGGACGCCAUUCACCAGAUCUACAACCACAACGCCUCGGGGCUCAGCUUCGAAGAGCUCUACCGGUACGCCCUCCGUCCUUCUCGAGGUGCCGCCCUGUCCUUCUUGAGGUCCCUGGUUCCUCCCUUGCCCCCUCCCUCGGCGUGCGGCAUUCUCGGAGCGCCCAUCCACGGCAUCUACAACCACAACGUCGCGGCGCAGCUUAGAAGAGCUCUACCAGUACGCGCCUCCGUCCUUCUCGAGGGCGCCAUUUACCGCAUUUACAACCACAACGCCUCCGGGCUCAGCUUCGAAGAGCUCUACCGCAACGCGUACAACAUGGUGUUGCACAAGUAUGGCGACCGCUUCAACGCGUACAACAUGGUGUUGCACAAGAACGGCGACCGCCUGUACGCGGGGCUGGUUAGCAACGCGUACAACAUGAUGCUGCACAAGUACGGCGACCGCCUCUACGCGGGGCUGGUGGUGGCCGUGCUAACAGUGUCUUUCCGCUGUUCCUCCCUCUGUCUCCCCCCUGUCAACGCGUACAACAUGGUGCUGCACAAGUACGGCGACCGCCUGUACGCGGGGCUGGUGAGCACCAUGACGGCACAUCUUAAGGGCGUGGCUGCUGCUAUUGAGGCCGCCCAUGGUCCUCUCUUCCUCAACGAGCUGGAUGCGAGGUGGCACGACUACGGCAAGUCCCUUCAGAUGAUCCGAGACAUCCUAAUGUACAUGGACCGCACCUACGUGACCAAUCACAACAAGACACCUGUGCACGACCUGGGCCUCGCCCUCUGGCGCGACCACAUAGUCCGCGCCCCCGCCAUCCGCCCGCGCCUCCUCUCCACCCUCCUCUCCCUCAUCCACCAAGAGCGCUCGGGCGAAGUGAUUAAUCGCGCCCUCAUGCGAUCCAUAUCGUCCAUGUUCGCGGAUCUCGGCCCGGCGGUGUAUUCGGAAGAUCUGGAGCGUCCGUUUUUGGAGGCCUCCGCGGCGUUUUACCGGGGGGAGGCGCAGCGGCAUCUGGGGACGUGUGACUGCGCGGAUUACUUGAGGGUGGCGGAGAGGCGGUUGGAGGAGGAGGGGGAGCGCGUGGCGCAGUACCUGGAUGCGCGCACAGAGGGGAAGGUGACGGGCGUGGUGGAGAGGGAGAUGGUGGGGAACCAUUUGAGGUUGCUCGUUGAUAUGGAGAACUCUGGGUUGGUUCCCAUGCUGGUCAAUGACAAGUAUGAGGACAUUGCGCGCAUGUAUCGCCUUCUGAAGCGUGUGCCAAGUGGCCUGCAGACGAUGAGGGAGGUGAUGUCGGGGCAUUUGAGGGAGACGGGCCGGCAGCUGGUCACUGAUCCGGACAGGUGCAAGGACCCGGUGGAAUUCGUGCAGCGGCUCUUGGAGGAAAAGGACAAGUACGACCGCAUCAUCUCAGCCUCCUUUGCUUCAGACAAAGCCUUCCACACCGCCCUCUCCACCGCCUUUGAGUUCUUCCUCAACCUCAACGCGCGCGCUGCCGAGUACAUCUCUCUCUUCAUAGACGACAAGCUGCGCAAGGGGCUCAAGGGAGCGAGCGAGGAGGAGGCGGAGGCGGUGUUGGAUAAGGUCAUGAUGCUGUUCCGGUUCCUCCACGAGAAGGACGUGUUUGAGAAGUAUUACAAGCAGCACUUAGCUAAGCGCUUGCUGUCGGGGAAGACGGUUUCGGAUGAUGCGGAGCGGAGCUUUAUUGUGAAGCUUAAGACUGAGUGUGGGUACCAGUUUACGUCGAAACUCGAGGGCAUGUUUCUGGAUAUGAAGACUGGGGUUGCCGCCGCUGCCGCUGCUGCUGCUGCUACUGGCUUUCGGGAGGAAGGAGGGGAUGAGGGUGGGGAGGAGGAAGGGGAAGGGUCGGCACGUGGGGGAGCAGCAGCGGUCCGCACCGAACCAGAUCUUGCCCUCACCGGACCGUCUGGUACGGCAGCAGGCUCGGGAGCCGGCUCGUCAUCAUCAUCAGCGGCAGGAGGGGCGGCAGCGGGUGGAUUAUUCCAGGGGCCGACUCUAUCUGUCCAGGUGUUAACUACAGGGUCUUGGCCUACUCAGGCGGGCGCCAGAUGCAACCUCCCCGAGGAGAUCCUGCCCAUCUGCGAGAAGUUCACAAGGCACUACCUGACGACGCACACCGGGCGGCGGCUGACGUGGCAGAUGAACAUGGGGCAUGCGGACGUGAAGGCCACGUUUGAGUCGCGGAAAUACGAGCUGUCCGUGUCGACCUACCAGAUGUGCAUUUUGAUGCUGUUCAACACGCAUGAUUCGCUGACAUAUCGCGACAUAGAAGCGGCCACCGAUAUCCCAUCAGCCGACCUGCGCCGCAACCUGCAGUCGCUGUCGCUGGUGCGAGGCAAGAACGUGCUGAGGAAGGAACCCGUGGGGAAGGAGGUGGGGGAUGAUGACACGUUUCACUUCAACCACAAGUUCACUUCAAAGUUCUUCAAGGUGAAAAUUGGCACCAUAUCAGCGCAGAAAGAAACGGAGCCGGAGAAGGCGGAGACGAGGCAGAAGGUGGAGGAGGACAGGAAGCCGCAGAUAGAGGCGGCGAUAGUGCGCAUCAUGAAGUCGCGACGCAUGCUGGAUCACAACAACCUUGUCAGCGAGGUGAAAAAGCAGCUGCAGGCGCAAUUCCCGCCCAACCCUUUGGGCCUGUGCGAGGUGACAAAGCAGCUGCAGGCGCGCUUCCUGCCCAACCCAGCGGUGAUCAAGAAGCGCAUAGAGAGCCUUAUAGAGCGAGAGUUCCUGGAGCGCGACCGCAACGACCGCAAGCUCUACCGCUACCUCGCUUGA